CGGUCGCUCGAACACGAACGCGCACCGCCCUACUCCACUCGCUCUAGUGGCACUGUGGCACUCGAGGGGGAAUUGGCUUCUCGGCCAUCUCAUCCCUGCCCGGCACGCCCCCGCUCCCCUUCCUCCCCCAACCCCAACUUCGCCGCCGCCGCCGCAUUUGCCGUCGGUUCCUCGCUGCAGUGCGCUCCUCGUCGGGCCUCAGGCGAUGUCCGAUAGUGGCACGUGGGCGAACCCUUCUUCACACGGAUUUGGAUCGGAGUCGAGCGGCAUGGCGAGCCGCGUCAGAGAGCCGGCGGCGAGGAGCAACAGCGGCGCGGGAAGCAAGGACUCGGGCAGCUUCGAGUGCAACAUCUGCCUGGACCUGGCCCAGGACCCCGUGGUCACCCUCUGCGGCCACCUCUUCUGCUGGCCCUGCCUCUAUGAGUGGCUCCACGUCCACGCGCACUCCCAGGAGUGCCCCGUCUGCAAGGCCGUCGUUGAGGAGGAGAAGCUCGUCCCCCUCUAUGGCCGUGGCAGUACCUCCACCGCCCCCCGGGCGAGGUCCGUGGCCGGUGUGCAAAUCCCGAGCAGGCCAACUGGGCAGCGGCCGUCCACCGCCCCGCAGCCUGACCACAACCAUUACCCGCAGCAGAACCCGUGGUUCGUGGGCGCUGGUGGCGCCCCUGUAGCUGGCGGUCGGUGGGGGAAUUACACUUUCUCGGCCGCCAUUGGAGGGCUGUUCCCUUUGCUGAGCUUCCAGGUGCAUGGGUUCCCGCAGGCGACAGCAUAUGGGCCUGCCGCUGGGUUUCCUUAUGGGUAUGGCCAUUCUUUCCAUGGGUGGCAUGGCCAUGGAUUCCCGCGCCAGGCGCCGCAGGGCCAGCAGGUUGAUUCAUACUUGAAGGUGCUGCUGCUGCUGGUUGGUGUGCUUGUAAUUGCCAGCCUGAUCGCGUUUUAGAUGAUGUGCAGUUGGAGCUACUGCUGAUCUUUGUCGUUGUGCUCGCUAGUUAUAGCAUGAUUGCAUCUUAGGUAGCUCCCAUGGUUUGAUGUCAGUGUGGAGAGAAGUAGUAGAAGAUGCUUCGGCCGGUAAUAGUACUUGUGAUAAUGGGUGGCAGCUGGUAUUUUCGUUGUGUAAAGUUGCCAUUGAAGUUUAUAGUUGCAUUAGUUGUGCUCUUGCCUUGAAAUUUGGCCAUGUUUAUAUUUCUUCAAGUGAUGUUUGCAAAGUAAUUUGUAUUAUCUUCUGUA